GCUGAUCAAGUCGGUUCCGUAGUUUGACCGGAUCGCUGUCACUGCUUUGCUGGCAGGACUGCCGUCGUCUACACCUCUGCUACCAUACAUUCACAACACUACUGUCAUCGUUUGUUUCUUGUCUCGUAGUCUUUUUAUUUCUUUUUUCUCUUAGAUGGCCUUGACUGCACCGGCGGCACAGUUAACGCUGCCGACAUGGGACGAGACCAUUGUGCCGGCACUGCGUCAACGUCUAGAAGGUGAAAGCCGCAUUCUGGCAAAGCGCAUGUCCGUCGCAUCCAUUACAUCUGCCGACGACUCCCCGAGGUCGAUCACUCCUUCCAAAUCACCCCAUUUUCCUCGAGAAUACCGCACAACCCCUGCUGAUUCAAGAAAAAGUAGUGCUAUUCCCAGACCGAGCCUUCAGCAGCCCAAAGGUACGCCGGAUGGCCACGACGAGUCUCCAGCCAACAGCUACUCGCGUCCGAACGGCGCGUCAUCUCCUCAUCCCCCUCCAAUGCGUGCGCGCACUUACUCUCAGCCCUCCAUAUUCGACAAACCCCAGCCAAACGGAUACCCGAACGGCACCGUUCCGCCAACACUUGACUCCCGUUCGGUUUCACCACGCACUUUCGACGUUAACAUCAGACCGACACGGAUACCUGUCCCAAUGCGCAAUAGAACAACGAGCUCAAGUAGUCACGCUCAGAGCCUAGCACCCAGAGCGGAGAGUCGCAAUGGCGUCAUUCCCGGGUCUCAUCAACCACCCCACCCCGAAACUCCGCAAGAUCUGUGGGUCGUUAAGGAGGUCGAUCAGAUACCCACGCCCUCUACCCCGCAACACGCUACCACUAGUCUCAUGAAUGAGCCUGCUCCGUUUCCGACGGCGGUCUUGCCGACGCGCUUCAGAGGUUACGAAUCAGCUUUCCAACAACCUAGAGCAUCAACCGACUCGGAGGAACGCCCGUUCGAACAUUGGUACAGAGGAGACAUCCACAGGAACGGUGGAGUGGGCGAACUGCGCGUAGCAAAGCAUGUGGAAAUGCUACAGAUCGCCAAUUUCGGACAUACCAUACAGACACCUGCGCGUUCACAGACACGCGAACAUCCCGGUUUCUCUGAAUAUGGCCAACGGCGGAAACGAGCCGAGAGUGUUGGUGUUGGCACGCGAGAAAGUCUUCACCUUGAUGACGAACGAACACGCGAUGUCGACAUGGUUCUUGAUGAGCGCCCGCUGACGGACAUCGAAGCUGAAGAAGACAUCGAUACGGAGGCCUUUUAUGAUGCUUACGUUGGCACGGACGACACUGUGCACUCCGGCUUUAGUGCCUCCAAGCCGGAGUUGCCGCUUGAUAGUGCAGCUGACCUACGAAGCGAUACCCUGGUUAGCACGCAUUCGCCACGAGAAGACACGACUCUUGCACGCGUCCCCACUGCUCGGACCAUUUCGGGAUCAUUAAGAUCUGAAUCACCUUCUGCAGGUCUUGUUAGGUCAAGUGCGGAGAGCACAAUGCCAGCACCACUCCCCUCCUCAUCUCGUUCCCAGACGGCUCCCAGAGCAACUUCUCCGGUGUCCCAAGCUUCGGAUCAAUCUCAAACGAAGCGCCGCGCCAAGAGCCCGGCAACAACGUCACCUGCGUCUACACCAAAGAAGCCAAAGACCAAGGGCAAAACGCCUCCACCAUCGUCACGUCAAAAGGAAGAUCCUCGACAUUCAGUUGCUGUGUACCCGACACCAGAGGGCGAUAUCGUUAAUGCCAUACCGACAUGGACACAACCGGUUCAGAAAUCGGGAAACUGGGACGAUGUUGUACUUCCGGUUGUAGCUCGAAAGAAGGGUCUGGAUGGUCAGUACGAACGAGCUGAUGGCAGUCCACGCCAAAAGCCUCCCGAACCAACACCCAUACGGCCGGCUCCAGGUACUUUUGGGUUCGACUACUCGAAAUACAAAGCCCCCCGUGGGAAUGAAGCAAUACCUAUGGACGAGUUUGGACAGGUUCAAGAGCAGCCACAGCCAGACGCCGAGGAGGAAGAACCCCCAAGACCCAGCCCAUCACCAGGACAUGUACCUCGGCUAUCCAUCCAGGAACCGAAGGAGCUACCACAAUCAAAUCCCCGGCCAAAAAGCACAACGGGCGAGACUCCGCCCUUUUCACAGGUAUCUGCACCCCGAGGUCCCAACUAUCAGUGUUACUCGACCGUCUGACGACACAGAACCAACACCGAAGGAUGAUGAGGACCUUGGGUGCAGGGGGCUGUUGCAAGUGCGUUAUUAUGUGAUUGUUGUUUUCGGUGUGAGUAUAUGGAUCCGGGUGCCUUGCUUCAGACGUAUUUUGUUACAUAUUGGUGUCUCUCCUUCGUGGCUUUCGCCGUCAUCGCUUUCCUUACUUCAGUUGAUUGUGUUUAUGAGCCUGAUCGCUCU